AUGUACCAUCUCUUGUUCCUCGGUUUGGGCUUUGCUAUCUUCUGGCUAUUCCAACAGACAAACAAAAGGAAGUUACCUUAUCCUCCUGGUCCUAAAGGCUAUCCAAUCAUCGGAAAUGCUGCCGAACUUGAGGUAUCCCAUUCAUGGCUGUAUUAUCAGAAAUUGAAAGAAAAAUAUGGGGACAUUGUGUAUUUGUCCGCCAUGGGACAACCCAUACUCAUUUUGAAUUCUCGCAAGGCGAUUCAAGAUCUCGUCAUCAACAAAGCUGCGAUAUUUGCCAAUCGUCCUAAAUUGACGAUGUGCGGCGAACUGGUUGGCUGGGAGAAAACUUUUGGGCUGGCCAACCAAGGUAGUCGAUUUACAUGGAUGCGGAAAUCAGCCAAUCAUCACCUCGGGAAGUCUGCCGUCCAAGGCUUCCUUCCGGUGAUUGAAAAAUCGGUGCACAAGCUUUUGGGACCAUGCUGGGCAGUGCCGCACAGCUUCGACAGCAUUUUCAAAUUCACGGUGUCGAAGAUUAUGCUUGAAUCACUGUAUGGGAUUGCCCCUACAUCCCCUGAAGACCCCUUCGUCAAAAUGAUGGGCAGCGCGGCCUCUACUUUCGGCGAAGCAAGCCAGCCUGGAGCCUUCCUCAUUGACGCAUUCCCCACAUUGAAGUACGUUCCAUCUUGGUUCCCGUUCGCUGGUUUCAAACGUCAAGCAAAGAUUUGGGCCAAGAUUGCCCACGAUUCUCAGGAAUUACCAUUCAAAGUAACCAAGCAAGAUGUUGUACUGGUUGCCUCUGUGGACACUACUGCGACUACUGUUGGGACUUUCAUCCGCGCUAUGAUCCUUAAUCCAGAGGCUCAGAAGCGGGCCCAACAGGAGAUCGAAGCUGUAAUCGGACGCCAUAGAUUGCCUACAUUUUCGGACCGAGAGUAUCUUCCGUACGUCGAAGCUGUGUUGAAAGAAACAUUGCGAUGGCAGCCUGCGGUGCCGCCUUCCCUCCCAUACCGAUCUUCAGAGAGCGUUGAAUAUGAGGGGUACUUUAUCCCUAAGGAUACAACUGUCAUCGCCAACUCCUGGCACAUAACGCGAGACGAGGAGCUGUACCCCGACUCAGAAUCCUUCAUUCCUGAACGCUUCUUGGAUCCUCCCACCUUCCAAUUCACCGUUAGGGAUGGAAAGCCACCACUUGAUCCUACAACAUAUGCCUUUGGGUACGGACGAAGGAAAUGCCCCGGAAUCUACUUUGCGGAUUCGAUGGUCUGGUUCACCAUUGUUACGCUUCUCGCUACAACUCGUGUCAUUCCAGCAAAGGAUUCGGAUGGGAAGGAUAUCCUGCCGACCGCAGAAUAUACUGGAGGGAUGGUCCGGUAG